GAUGCCUGAGGGUCUCACUGGAGGAAAGGACUGUCCGUCAGAGUUUUAACAUGAUGCCAUACAGACAUCUUCGUUGCAAUGAAGGGAGGACUUCGAUUUUGAUGAAGAAGCACGAUACCAAAACGCUGGGCUUCGGCGGACGAGAAUUCAGAAACCGGCACGUGGAGACUUCCGCUCGUACGCCACCCAUUCACGGACAGACUCUUGGUCAAGAUGCCUUACGGGAAUUGGCUACAACAGAGCGCGGUGGAGAUGCGCAUGAGGCGAAUGAGUUCGUCGCCCCCUGUAGGUUGCAGGUGAAUUCUACAAGCUCACAUUGA